AUGACCAAUAAUCGGCAAGAUAUUCACCCUCAAGGCAUGAACAGUGGCAUCAUGAGAGGUGUUGGCUUUAGACCUGGUUCUGAUAAAGGUUCUACUGCAGGAAUCUAUGCUCGUCGGCCCAAUCUUUCCCAAUCCACCUUGGAUGACGAUGAUCUUCGCUGGGAUCAGUUAGGCGAUCACAAUCAAUUCCUCUGCACCCGAGUGCAGCAUUUUUCAAAGCAAUGCUUUCGUGACAAUGUGGAUGUCAUCAAAUCUUUCGGAAUCCCAAGCUGGUCCAACACUGAGUGGAACGAUUUUGAACAAGAAUGCAACGGCAUUUUCUCUAGUGCGGUCGUGACUCAUGCCGACUUUUCGAAUGAUGCACAUAAGGAUAAGGACUCAAACCCAUGGACCUACGGGCUAUUCAGCUACAUCAAUCGAUCAACGGGUUUUCCUGUUGUACCUCAAUCUUUGGUUUCGGGACAUGGAUUUCGGUUUCCGGACUUCAACUGCGAAAUUGACUUUGGCACUGCUCCAGGCAUCAUUGAGAUGAUAUGGGCAAAAGUUGGUGGACAGAGCUAA